UCAACAAUAUAUCUGUAGAAAUGUGUGGGUAAUUUCGCAAACAUAUUAAUUGCAUAUAUUAGAAAAAGUUUGUUUAAAUUAAUUGAAGAAAAAAUAAGGAACUAUUGUAAUCCUUCGCUAUGGAUUUGCAAGAGUUGGAAGAGGAAGCUCGUCAGGCAGCUCUAAAAGACAUAAAAAAUAUGCUGCCACGGCCAGGACAACUGGAAAAAGUUGAACAAUAUCGGCAUCGCGUCGCUAGGAAGAAGGCCUCAGUUGAAGCACUAUUAAAAACAGGGAUGCAAAAUCAAUUGGAAGGUGUGCGAGUAGGCUUGAAACAAUUGAAAACAUGCAUGGAAGAUGUAUGCGAGGUUGGCGAACGUAUGUCGAAAGUCGAAAAACUUAUGCAGGGUGUUCCAGAAAUUUACGAAGCCUUAGAAGAUGUGCGUGAAGAGAAUACUAAACAUUCGCAAUAUGCCACGGCUAUGGAGAAUCUAAAGCAUAUUUUCAAUGUGGAAGCUAGCGUCCAAAAAACAAUGUCUCUGAUUGACGAAGACAAACUUUUGAAUGCCCAUCAAAGUUUAGCUGAUUUAGAAAACUCUAGAGAUGAUUUACUGUACGAAUUGCAUAAGCAACCAAAACAACAUGCUUCUGAUAAAAUUACUUUGAAGCGCCAUUUCGAAAAGGUAGAUACGGUGUCACAAGCUUUGGAAAAGAAAUUACGUUUGAUUUUAAGUCGCACACUUAACACCGUUCGCAAAGAACCUACUGUAAUAGUAACGGCGUUACGUAUAAUAGAAAGGGAGGAAAAGAAUGAUCAAUUUGCUUUACAACAGCAAAAGGUAACUUCGUUUUUGCCGCCAGGUCGUCCGAAGCAAUGGCGUGCCAUGGCUAUGGAUGUGUUAAAAAAUGCUGUAAUCACACGUAUAGAAGGUUCAAAAUUGGAGGAAAGGAUCGAUAAUAAAAUGUGGCUGGUUAGAGAUUUGGAGAUAUUGCGUCAAAUUAUUUUGGAAGACUUGAGAGUUGUUAAAUCAUUGUGCGUACCUUGUUUCCCGCCACACUACAAUAUCUUUGAAGAAUAUGUAAAAAUGUACCAUAAGGGUUUGUCCAAUUAUCUUGACAGUAUAGCCAGGAGUGGCUUGGAAGGUAAUGAAUAUGUUUCGAUGCUUUCAUGGGUUAUUAAUACUUACCCGGGCCAUGAAUUAAUGGCUCAUCCUGACCUUCAAGUGAAUAUACAGCAAUUAGUGGGUUCCUUAUUGCAACCCGAUCAUCUUAAGGCCCUGGAAGAUGAGUAUCUAAGUAAUAUGCAACGUAAUUUUCAAGAAUGGAUGACCACCACUGCUGAAAAAGAUAAAACUGAUUGGUUUUCCGAUCAAAUCCCAGAUCAAGAUGAACAGUAUUACCAUAGUCCAGCGCCGGUAAUCAUAUUCGAUAUGAUUAACCAGUUAUUACAAGUUACCAAUACCAUACAUGGAGAUUUAACUUUCAAAGCUUUGAUUAUGAGCAUACAACAGGUGGACUUAUUUGGACAAAAUUAUCUUAAGCAGGUGGUCGAAUUGAAGGAACAUCACUUUCGCAAUCGUGAUCAAAUCAAAUUUUUCACUCAUUAUAUUAUUUCUAUUGUUAAUAAUAGUCAACAAAUGUUAGAUUUGGCUCAUCAACUGAAACAGUUGUAUUGGCCUAAGUCGCGUACAGAUCAUUAUGAAGAUUUUGAAAAACUUUUAGCCACAUUCCAACGCAUUCGUCUACAGGCUGCCAAUUAUUUAUUGGCAGAAGCUUUUCUUGACUUGGAAGGACACUUCAACGAUUUGUUUACCCAGAAAUGGUUGACAAGUUCCAUUUCAGUUGACACUAUUUGCAUUACCUUGGACGAUUAUUUUCAGGACUACAAUCAUUUGCGUCCCAUCAACUUUGAAAUGGUUAUAAAUGAAGCGCAGAAACAAUUGGCAAAACGUUAUAUACGAGCUUUACUUUCUAAACGCUUAUCUCGUACUCUAGCUGAUUGUGAAGCUAUUAAAACUAAAAUUAAUCUUGAAGCUAAACGUCUAAAACAAUUCUUUGAAAAGAUUGCUCCAAACAUCUCGAUGACUGAUUCACCUUUGGAUUUGAUACCCAUGCUAUCCGCCUUAUUAGUUUGUGACAUAGAGCUAUUGGUUCUUGAUUUACAUACUUUACUUGGCAAUUAUCCUUCUCUAAGCGAGGAUCAAAUUGUUCGCUUAUUUUCUAUACGAAACGAUGUUAAAUCUGCAGAGGUACGUGAAAAAGUUCAAGACGCCAUGAAAUCAAAAAAAGAAAUGGUCAGCAUUGCUAAACAAGAUUGUAUUUUUAAAGAGAUUGUAUUUAAUGAUAAAUUAUGGUAUUUUAUAAUGACAUACAUACCAAACUCAACAUUUAGUGUCCAAUUGUUUAAGUACCGGGAAUUGUGGGGCGUGAGGAAUACACGAGUGGAUUGGCAAGCGGGCGCUGGUAAGGAGUUAGCCGCCAAUCUAACGUUAAAAUUAGGGCAACACGUUUCGACAAAAGACGUAAGGAAAAAGACCAAGUCCAUUAAAAUGCGACUUAGGAUACUAGACAGACAAGACACGAGAGUACGAUCGGACAUGGACGCGUUUUUAUGGUACGCGGUAGAGUUAGGGCUGCGUCGAGCAACCGACAGACUGACUAAGCAACUGAUAGCGGGCCGAAAAAUGCCAGUAGAAGUAGAUAGAAAUUCGGAGGACUUAGCAAUAGACCACGGACAGGACAGAAAUUCAGAGGACUUAGCAGUAGACCACGGACAGGACAGAAAUUCAGAGGACUUGGCAGUAGACCACGGACAGGCUAAUAUGCGAAGCCCCGCUAAUUUAGGUAUUGCAGAUAAGGUUAGUAUAGACGAAGACAACUACGAAGACGAUGGGCCAUCAACUUCAGCCCAGGCAGCAGAACCUAGAUCCCAAAAACGGCGCCAUGCUGACCUGCCAAUGAUGCAAGAGGCAGCAACAGCAAAACGACGUCAUCUCAACUCACCAAAGGACACAACAUUCAACUCACCAAAGGACACAACAUUCAACCUGCCAGAGGACGCAGCAUUCAACCUGCCAGAGAACGAAAUACUGCCGGAUUUCGUAGGGCUACGAAAGGUGGUAGCAAGAUUAACCCCUCAAGACAAAAUUAAUCUGUUGACGUCACCUUUAAAUGCCCUAAUACGUUAUCGUGGCCUACAUUGGGUACUUUCUUCCUUUCUAGUCUGUCGCACAAUGAAUAAACCGAAAAUUGUGAUAGUCGGAGCUGGACCAUCGGGUAUUGCCUGUGCCACUAAAUUGCUUGAUUAUGGCUUCGAAAAUGUUAUGAUCGUUGAGGCCGAAUCACGUAUAGGCGGUCGCAUUCAUACUAUACCGUUUGCCGAUAAUGUUAUCGAUUUGGGCGCUCAGUGGUGUCAUGGAGAAAAAGAUAAUAUCGUCUAUGAAUUGGCCCAUAAACAUAAUCUCCUGCAGUCAACGGGAGAUGUUUACGAAAGUUAUCAAUGCAUACGAUCGAACCGUGAAAUUGUAUCGGAAAGUAUCAGUCAACGUCUAAAAGAUAUUGUUAACGAUAGUUUAGUGACGCGGCAAAUGGAACUGAGGAACUCGAAUGGUUCGUUGGGCAGCUAUUUGACAAAUAAAUUCUAUGAGGCUUUAAGAAGACCUGAAAAUUCUGACAUUGAUAUGGCGAUAGCCCGAGAGUUUUUUGAUAAUUAUCAGAAAUUCGAAAGUUCCGUAGAGGCUUCUGAUACAUUGGACGAUGUGUCUGGACAUGGUUACUUAGAGUACUGGGAAUGUGAAGGUGAUAUAUUACUAAAUUGGAAGGACAAAGGCUAUGUGGAAUUUUUACGUUUGCUUAUGAAAGCUCAUGAAUACAAUCAUGAAUUUGGUUUGUUAGAGGAGCGGAUAUUACUUAAUCACCGGGUUACCCAUAUCGAUUGGAAUCGUUAUGAUUCUUGUGUUCAACUGCGUUGUGGAAAUGGCGAACAUUUUCUUGCUGAUCAUGUGAUAAUAACCGUGUCGUUGGGUGUUCUCAAAGAGCAACAUUUAAGAACGUUUGAGCCAAAAUUACCGAUGGAUAAGCAACGAGCUAUCGAUGGCUUGGCGUUUGGUACUGUAAAUAAAAUUUUUAUCGAAUUUCCUGAACCAUUUUGGCCGAAAAAAUGGACAGGGUUCACUAUGCUCUGGCGCGAAGAGGAUAUAGGUGAGAUACGGGGCACUGCACGAGCUUGGCUUGAAGAUGUUUUCGGUUUCUAUUGUGAUCGUAAUCAACCACGUUUGCUAAGCGGUUGGAUAAUAGGCGCCAAUGGUCGCCAUAUGGAAAUACUGCCCGAAGAUGAAAUUCUAGAUGGUUGCAUGUAUUUGUUUCGAAAAUUCCUACCUUGGGAUAUACCGGAGCCGUGCAAUUUCAAGACUUCCACUUGGUAUACAAAUGAAAAUUUUCGUGGUUCAUAUUCGUUUCGUUCGAUGUAUACCGAAGAAAUUGGAACUAGUGCUCGUGAAUUGGCUCAACCUCUGUAUGUAGUGACGACGAAACCGCUGCUAAAUGGCCAAUCGAGUACGGAGCCUUUGUUCAGUCAAAGUCGUUGUGAUAAACCCGUCGUGCAAUUUGCCGGUGAAGCUACCAGUGAUCAUUAUUUUUCAACUGUUCACGGUGCCGUCGAGGCCGGUUGGCGUGAGGCGAAACGUUUAGCCGAACUCUACAAUAUGAUUAACGGUGCUCGUGGGAAGAUUGCAAAAUCACAUUUAUAACAGUUCUAGGACUUUGAAUGUCAUUAGUGGCAUUUAAAGUCCGCAUAACGUAACUGAGAACCAUAAACAUAUACAGAAAUUAAUACAGAAGACAUCACAUAUUAUCUAUAUCUAUAUCUUGAUUUUAAAACAAUAUAAAAUUUUUUGUAUUUGCUUUAAGACACAGCUAAGUGCAAAUUAUAUUUCGGAUAAUGCUUUUUAUUCUUUCGGAAUACCAAAUCGCGCAAAUAAUUUUAGCCCUUUGUUUUGUUGUUAUAUGUUAUCGUUUCAGUCUACGUUUAUGACUUUAGAUUCCCAUAUUUUUAUACUGAUAUAUAUAUAUAUAUUUUUAGCCUUAAGGUUAAUAGUUUGUAAACAUUUACUUGAAUCACAUAAGUAAUCAGAAGCGAUAUCCUCGUAAAUAUAUAUAUAUAUAUAUAUCCUCUAGAGGAAUUCAAAUAAUUAUUGUUGCUAUGCAAUUAUUGAAAUUAUUGG